GUGAAAAGGACUUACGAGCGCGCGACCAGCGGCGAGUUCUUUCGUCGGCUGGAGAAACAGAAAUUCGCUAUUAAAAUCCUUUUUUUCUGUGUGUUUUGAUAAUUACUUUGCAAAAAUGGAAGGGCGAAAUUCUUUAGAACGUUUUGUAAUGACCAUGUACAACAUGGUCGAUGGACCUGUCACCUUUUUCCGAGAAAAAAUUGUGGAACCGAACCAAAAGGAUUACCCGUGGUACCACCAGAAGUUUCGCAGAGUCCCUACUGUCGACCAAUGUUAUACCGAUGAUCGAGUUUGCGUUUUUGAAGCAGAUGAACAGUUCAGAAGAGACAAACUGAGAGACAGUGAGAUUCUCGAUAUUUUGAGGCACAGAUACGAAAAUUGUGUUCUUUAUCAAGGCGAAGAGAAAGAUAGAUGUCAACCCCUUUUGGAUAUGUACGAAGAAGCUACUGGUGCUUGGUUUUCAAAGUAUGGAGAUUUGGGCGUAUUGCCACACUCAAAAGGAGCAUUGAUGAAACAAAAACAUCGCAUGAUUUGGGAACGUAGACACGGUCCAAUCGGAAGCACGCCAAAAGAUCCUACACCGUACUGGGCCAGAUAUGCCGAUUACGACUUCAACUAUAACCGUGGAAAGAGAACCCCAGAUAGUAUCGAAAUUCCUGGAGAAGAAAAGAAUACUGAAAAAAAUUCUAAAAAGAGCUCCUAAAGUGUUGCGCUUUGAUUUAGUUGUGAUAGGCUUAUGAUUAACUGUUUGUCAGCAAUAAAUGGCGGUUGUUAUUUAAUUUUCUUCA